AUGGUACAUGGAAUUGGAAUACAGAAGAAAAAAGGAAAAGGAUUAAUAGAUCAGGAAAUUGAAGAAACCGACAAUGUGCCAACUGAUAAUGACACUCCAUCACCAAUGACUCCAGCAUUAGCAUUACUUGGUCCUUCAUCAUCCACUCCUUCAAGUUCAUCAAGUCGAGUCAGAUUAAGAAGACUUGAAGAUAUAUACAAUGAAGCGGAUGUGAUUGAUAGUGAGAAUUUACUUUGUUUACAUCUUAACGAAGAACCAUUAACUGUUGAAGAGGCUUUACAAAAGGAUGUUUGGCGCACUGCAAUAAAUGAAGAAAUUAGGGCAAUAGAGAAAAAUAAGACGUGGAAACUAACUUCACUUCCUAUAGGACAUAAAGCUAGUAGAGUAAGGUGGAUAUAUAAGAUCAAGCACAGUGCUGAUGGACAAAUAAUACAAUAUAAGGCACAACUAGUCGCAAAGGGAUAUAAACAAGAAAAAGGUGUAGACUAUGAAGAAGUAUUUGCACCAGUAGCUCGAUUUGAUACAGUGCGACUUAUUCUUGCAAUAGUUGCUUAUCAUGGUUGGCAGGUACAUCAAAUGGAUGUAAAAUUGGCGUUUUUAAUUUCUUGA